AUUAGAUAACAGUGAGCAAUGGCUGCUUCUGUGGUGUACGAAUGGCUCGUCGUUAUGUUUUAUGCAAGUGUAUCAGUGUGUGGAUCAGAAAGAGCUUUGCAAAUGGUUCACGUGGUAUAUCGCCAUGGUAACCGGUCUCCAAUGCACAGCUAUCCAACAGAUCCAUAUACGUCAAGUGAUUGGCCCCAAGGAUUACAACAGCUUUCAGCUAGCGGCAAAUUACAGCAUUAUCUUCUUGGUCAGUGGUUACAAAAAAGAUACGCAACUAAUGACAAAUUUUUGAAUUCCACUUACCUUCGAAAUGAGAUCUAUGUACGCAGUACUGAUAUUGACAGGACGCUGAUGUCUGCUGAAUGCAACCUGGCUGGGUUUUAUCCCCCAAAUGGUAAACAAAAAUGGUCUUCAAACAAUAAGUUACCAUGGCAACCAAUACCAAUUCACACAGUAGCAGAAGCGGAUGAUAAAGUUCUGGGAUUUAGUUCGUGUCCUAAACUUAAAAAGGAUAUCGAAUCAUUAAUGAAUAGUGAUGUUUUUAAAACAUACUGUGAAAAAAAUAAGGACUUUAUGGACUUUGUGAGAAAUAGAACCGGUUUAGUGAAUGGAACCUUCCAUGACCUGCAGCAUGUUGCAGAUGCAGUGUGGUUUGAGAGAGUGGAUAAUAAGACUCUUCCAUCAUGGAUUAAUGACACAGUGUUUGGUAAAUUAAUAGAUCUCAUUAACUUUGGUUAUACAAUAAACCACAAUGCUAGCAAUGUUGAAAUGACGAGACUAUUCGGAGGCUGCUGCACAUCUGACCCGUCAGGCUGCUGCACAUCAGACCCGUCAGGCUGCUGCACAUCUGACCCGUCAGGCUGCUGCAAAUCUGACCCGUCAGGCUGCUGCACAUUUGACUUCUUAGACUGCUGCACAUCUGACCCAUCAGUCUGCUGCACAUCUGAUCCAUCAGUCUGCUGCACAUCUGACCAGUCAGUCUUCUGCGUAUCUAAACUGUCAAACUGCUGCACAUCUGACCAUCAGACUGCUGCACAUCUGACCCGUCAGACUGCUGCACAUCACCCAUCAGACUGCUGUAUUUUAGUGGAUGAAAUAACCAAACACAUGGUAUCAAAAGCAGAGGCACCACAGAAUGCAACAUAUAAAAUGUAUAUGUAUUCAGGGCAUGAUACAACAAUGGCUUCAGUGAUGGCUGCGGUCGGGGUUUUCAAUGACCUGUGGCCUCCAACUGCGUCCUGUCUCAUGGUAGAAUUAUACAAAGAAACUGGCAAAAAAAGGGAACGCCGUCAUGGAGGACACGAAAAAAUAGAAAUACCUGUUUUUAAUGGGACUUAUACAAUUGAUGUAUAUUACUAUAACAACACACAAAGGGAGCCUUAUCAAUUACAAAUAACAGGCUGUGAUAAAAGCUGUCCUCUUGAGGAUUUUUUAAAAUUAAGCUCAAAGGUGAGGCUAACUGAAGAAGAAUGGACUGAGGAAUGUGGUGGUGAGACUGGUAUCCAUCCUCACUCACAUGGUACAAUAAUAGAUUACUGGGAUCUGCAUUUCAAUAUAGGGAGUAUAAUUGCUGGUAUAGCUCUUAUAUUUGUGAUGAUAUUAUUUGUUGUUCUUUGCUGUGGUGUACUAAUUGAUCCACUCAAAGGAAAAAGGAAAAGACAGUCACUUGAUUCCAUGGAACUUUGA